GGCCCCGCCCUCACCCCGCCCGCCCUGACCUCUGGCGGCCAACAUGGCGGCUCCCUGUGUGUCGUGUGGCCGAGCGCUUUCGGCCCGGCUCUCCCUCACCGUUAGGGCUAGUCUCGCCCGGAGACCCGGGCAUUGGAAGCCUUCAGCAGUUGACUGGCAGAUGGGUGCCGGAUCCCAGCUAUUAAAAUUAAUACAUACCACAGCUGUAACAACAAAGAAAAAUGUCCCAGCCUCCAGACAUGAAGUCUAUACAGAGGAUUUUAUUAAAAAGCAGAUUGAAGAGUUCAACAUAGGGAAGAGACAUUUAGCCAACAUGAUGGGAGAAGAUCCAGAAACUUUUACCCAGGAGGAUAUUGAUAGAGCUAUUGCUUACCUUUUUCCAAGUGGUUUGUUUGAGAAACGAGCCAGGCCAAUAAUGAAGCAUCCUGAUCAGAUAUUUCCAAAACAAAGAGGAACACCCGGACCAGAAAUGACUGGGUAUGUGGUGUGGCCCAGACAAGCAAGAUGCCAUGCAAUCCAGUGGGGAAAAGAUGGCCGUCCAUUUCAUUUUCUCUUCUAUACUGGCAAGCCAUCAUAUUAUUCACUAAUGCAUGAAGGAUAUGGGAAAGUCCUCCAAUUAGAAAAACACAAAGGUCCACUUCCAGUUAAAACUCAACACAGCAGAGACCUGAUUGGCAGCAGAUGGCUGAUUAAGGAGGAACUAGAAGAAAUGUUGGUGGAGAAUCUGUCAGAUCAAGAUUAUAUGCAGUUCAUUCGACUGCUCGAAAAGUUAUCAACAUUGCAGUGUGGUCCCGCUGAAGAAGAAUUUGUGCAGAGGUUCCGCAGAGGUGUAGCUAUUCAAUCAAAAAAGCAGCUGAUUGAACCUGUGCAGUAUGACGAGCGAGGAAUGGCCUUCAGCACAAGUGAAGGCAGAAGAAAGAGCGCAACAGCAAAAGCAGUUGUUUAUGAACAUGGGAGUGGAGAAAUAAGUGUGAAUGGCAUGGGUUACCUCCAUUACUUCCCCGUCUUACAGGACAGAGAACAGCUGAUGUUCCCCUUUCACUUCCUUGACCGACUGGGAAAACACGAUGUGACCUGCACAGUGUGUGGGGGUGGGAGAUCUGCGCAGGCAGGAGCCAUACGCUUGGCAGUGGCCAAAGCCUUAUGCAGCUUCAUCACUGAGGACGAGGUCGAGUGGAUGAGACAAGCUGGACUACUUACUUCUGAUCCACGUGUCAGAGAACGGAAGAAACCCGGUCAGGAGGGCGCCCGCAGGAAGUUCACCUGGAAGAAGCGCUGAGGCUUUUCACAGCAGAGGCAGGAACAGCUGUGUGCUCGCACACGGUAGAACCCAGUGACCGCUGACCAUGGGGAGGCAGCACGUUUAGAAAUUUAAAUGCACUUUCUAAAGGCUACCAUUAAAAAUAGUGAACAAAAAUAA